UGAUUACUUGUGCGGCGUGCUGCUGUCUGGCUCUUCUCGGCAUAAUUACAAUGAACGGUGACUUGUGCAUGUUCACCUCAUGCACACCGGACCUGCCAAGCACACGGUGUUUGCUGUUUGCUCUGCAGGUGGUGUUCCUCUGUCACGUGCACACCUCCUGCAUAGAGUUCACGAGCAAUGGCCUUCCAUCAAGCUCGAUCGCCAUCGGUCUCAGUCGCUGGCCGACCCCAUCAACAUGACCGCCCCAGAGGAGCAUCGGCAAGUGUGGCUCACCAAGGAGAGCACCGAGCUCAUUAUGGGUCAGCCAGGCUGGCAGCUGGCCCUCCUGCCGGCCAAGAUCGACGAGGACGCCCGGCCGCGGCCAGUCCGCCAUCUGUAUCGCCUCCAGGAUUUCCGCAAGCCGGCAAUGGACAUUGACGAGCAGGCGACUGACUUUGACAGCCAGUGCGGCGUGCGCGUCUACUGGGGAGGUGAGCUGGUGAACGAGGUGCGCUAUGUGCCGGUGAAGAAGAGCAAGGACGACAGGCUGUGCGCCACGUGUGUGGUGCCGUGUGCUGAUGGCGAUGGCAAUGUGGGCAUCUGCGGCAAGCAGAACACCUACCGCAACGUGGUCAACUCUCACCUGCGCAAGACACACAAACUGACAAACGAGGAUGCACAGGUGUUUGGACAGACGGCCACAUGGUUGUUGCCUCGUAAACGUGUGGUGUGCAUUGUGCGUUGCCUUCAGCUGCUGCUUGUCGGCCCUCAGUCACUGGCGCCCACAACCCCCGCCACACAUACACGUAAGAUGCGUGUUUGCCUUCUACUUGUCUGUUCAUCAUGACUGCUGCAUGCUGUCUGUGUGUAAACAGUUGCCACGACCUUCGUGUUUGCCGGCAGUGUGAUCCACCCAAAAGGCAGCGGCGCAGAUACGUGAGUGAGCACGUUCACACGUCGUCGUGUGGCUGUAUGUGGACGCGUCCGCCCGUAGGUGUGUGCAGGCCAUCCCUCGGUGUUCUGCCGCUUGACGCCAUGCCGGCUGCUGCUGAUGCCGAUGCCGAUGGUGCUGAAGACAGCAGCGUGACGCGGGAGAUUGGACAGAGAGGCGCCUCCACACGCGAGGAGACCGACCCUUGGGCUGACGGAUGGGUCGACAGCGUCAUUGGCGCGCAUAUGGGCCAUUAGUGAGUGUGCUUGGCGUGUCUCUAUAUCACCCGUGUAAUGAUGCGGCUUGUCUCGGGUGGGUGGGUAGUUGACACUACUAGUUGUCUUGUUCGUGUAUGUGUGUGUGUCUGGUCCUUUGCUCUACCUGCAUGGAAUCUGCGCCGGUCAUUUUUGACUCGUUUUAUGUCCGCAUUAGCCACAAGAGGGAUGAGCGACGCAAUGCGAAAGGGCCAAGACUGUAUCGUGAUGCCAUACGCAGACUGCCCUGAUUGAAGUCAUGAUGUUGUUGAAGGUAUGGAUUCCCAGCAAGUGUCAACAGACAGACAGACAGACAGAGAGACAGG